AUGCGCCACCGGCUGUGGAACCCGGAGACCCAAGGAUCGGACUGCGCCGUUCUCUCUAGCGCCGGGCCGGAAACUGGUGCCUUGGCUCAAUUGUCGGCGCAGUACGCGGCGCCGGGUGCCCACACGUUGCCAGCCACGGAUUGGAGCGACUGGGCUAUAUACGGGAGUGGCAACGGGCCGCCUAACGCCGGCUUCAAGACGGCCAGUCCGGCGUCUACCAAACGCAUACCCUUUCCAAACAUUCGAUUUUAG